UAUCGGUUUUUUUUUUCACAAUGACAACCCGAACUUGUCAAAAAAAUAGGCGAUUUUUAGCCGUAAACACACGUUCAUCUCGCCGAUUUAACCGUUAUGUUUAAUCAGGAAACUGUCUCGCGAUUAAUUUUUAGAUGUAGUGUACGUUAAAGCGAAAAAAAAAUAAGUCCCAAUAAUCGUAUAUUGCAUGUGUGUGAGUGUCUAUUCGGAGAGGUAUCUGAAGUUGCGUAGGUUGGGCUAUGACAUUGGAAACUGUAGGCAGGUUCGUUUUCUGCACGGUUUUCUGUGAAUGUGGAGUGCUAUUGCGAAGAUUUUCAAGAAAGGAAAUAACGAGCAAAGUGGCGAAACGAAAUUCGUAGAAGAAAUGGACCGACCGGAGGUGAAACGGUCCGAUGAAAUGCCUGAUACUUAUGAUACCACUCAGGCGAAACAACGAGCUGCGAUAAAAUGGUUACUAUCCAAAGCGUUUAACAACAAAGUACCCGAGAAUCUUAGCGAACCUUUUUACAGAGAUUACGAGAAUCAAGAACAUUUAAAACCUCAUAUAGUUGGAGCUUUAGCGAGUGCGGAAAUGUACUGUAUGGCAUUGGGUAAUAUUUAUUCGGAUCCAAAUUACCACAACCUCAAUCACUGGUCAAUUUUGCAAACGUUAGCUAGGAAAGGUGUUUAUGUUUCCGAACCGAAUAAUUCAGCGCUUACAGAAACCACUUUAAUUCAAACUAAUCCACUUAGACUGAACGCACACAUGGCUGUAAUAGAAUCAAUAAUGACCUUAUACGCGAAAGAGGUGAUCACUUCGGAUAGAGUUUUGGCGGCAAUACAACGUUUUAGUCACAGCGGAAAAUAUCCCCAAGUUAAAACACCGGACACGUAUGAACAAGGCCUUUUGAUGUGGGUUUCGCAUACAUGCGAUGCUUUACAACAAAAAAUACAACAAGAUUUGAAUGUUGGUGUUACGAACGGUGGAGAGGGAGAUAGAUUAAGACCUCCGGAAUUUCCCCAAUUGAAAGAUAUGAAAGAUUUAUGCGACGGUGUGGCUUUAGCUGCUUUAUUAUCGUAUUAUUGUCCUGAUGAGCUUCCUUGGACUGCAAUAAAAGUGUCUCGACUGCCCACAAUAUCGGAAAGUCUUCAUAAUUUAAGUCUGGUUCAAGAUUUUUGUAAUAGGUGUUUGCAAAGUUCGGUGUUUUAUAUGCUGCCAGAAGAUAUUACAUAUAUGAGAGGGUCAAUGAAAACCACCCUAGUAGCCUUUUUAGCGGAUCUCUUUAACGUUUUAGAAAUACAUCCAAUUAAAUGUGUAAGAUAUCCAGGAUCUGAAAAAAUGUCAAUGGAGAGCUUUCCGCCGCGCAACGCACACGGCGUUGUGCACAAGCGCAAUUUGACGCAAUCCGUGAUGAGUCCCAUUCCGGACCUGCGCAGCAAUCUUGAUGAUCCCGCAGUGCAGGCUUUCCAAGUGUCUCGAUCAACGCCAACACACACACCAUUAAAGAAAACGAAUUCGUUUCAACUUAGUAUGUCCGAAAUGAGCGAAGACAGUCUUCGAAGGCCGUCUUCUGAAGAUUCUUCGUUUGUAGUUCAUCGUGGCAAAAACAUACCAACUUUAAGUUCUAUAUUGGGAGUGAAAGAAAAGCAAAAUAAUGAUAGCAAAGCCGAUGAACGUGGAGAAUCUAAAGCCGCCGGAAAACCGAGUAAUUGGGAAGAAAAUAAACGACCGACUUUCGCAGGAAGAAGAUCUAGAAGGAAUUCAACUUCGGAUGAUUCUCAAUUGACGAUUGAAAAUUUCGGUGGUAGUCAAGAUAAUUUAAAUUUUAUCGGUCGAAAUCCAGAUAAAGAAGUGGGAGCACAUGUAGGUAGAAAAAUUUCGACUCCUUCAAUAGAAAAAAUGGAAAGAAUCGAAAAUCCUGCUGUUAGAUCAUCGCUUCAAGAUGCUCGAGGCUCUUUUCAAUUAGGUUACGAUAAUGGCUGUGAAAAAUCAGAAUAUGAAAAAGAAAGCUUUAAACUCAAAAAACAACUUAGCAGUGAUGAUAUUUCAUUACGAAACCUAACAUUAAAAGAAAAAGAAAAUCAGCAACUAAUUACUGAAACGGAAGUUGUUGAUGGCGAUACAACAAGGAUGAGUUUUGCUGAUUUAAAAUUAGGCGGAAAUUCCCCUAAAGGUAUUCAAUUAACGUACAUUCACGGUGAGAAAGAUGACGAACAGCAGAAGAAAUUAUUAUCGAAAUCUAGUUUUUUAAAUAAAUCGAAUUCAACUACAAACGGUGGUGAACAACAAAAAAAAACUUGUUUCGCUACGUUACCAAAUACAACCACGUGGCAACAACAAUCGAAUAAUAAUAUGUUGCAAGCUAACCAAAGCCAUAAUAAUAAUAAUCAAAGUGUGGAAAAUAACGUUGAUGAUCAUUCGAAUAUGGGUCCGGUUAUGGCGGCUCAAUUAACCGACAUUAAAAUGAAAUUGGAAGAAAAACGAAGACAAAUUGAAACGGAAAAACGAAAAAUGGAAAUUGUCAUGGACAAACAAAGACAAAAAGUUGGAAAAGCUGCGUUUUUGCAAGCUGUGGUCAAGGGUAAAAGUAACGUAGUUAAGCCCCACAAUGACAUAAUGGCCGACAGUUUGGUGGCCGGAAGCGGAGGCGGUGGUUCCGAACCUGCGAGCCCCGCUCCUGAACACACCACCACCACCGUUCCCAAACCUCAGCGGCCCUUCACCCUCCAGGAGAUUAACGAUGACGCAUCUGCUACGGAAAGAAAAUGGUUGGAAAGGAAUGAACCAUUUGUUGAAACGCGUCGAACCCCUGAUAUCGAAAAUAUGGAUCUGGAACAAUAUCAGCAAUCGAUGGCACAAAUGAAUACUAGUCUUCAGGAUAUACAAGCUGAUAUACAAAGAUUGGCAAAUCAGCAUCAACAGAUUCAAGCAGCUCAAGACCACCAAAAACAACCGAUGUAUCCACAAGGUUUUAUGACGGUGACUCAUCAUCAUCAUCAUCCUCAGUAUUCUUCCCAACAAUCAUAUCAUCAACCGCAACAGUAUCAACCAUCGAUAUACGCCCCACUGCAAACCUCUGCAAGCGCCCCACAUAUACCUCAAACUCUUUAUCAAUCGAAUCAGUCUCAAUUUUUCUUGCAUCAAUCGAAUCAACAACAACAACAAGCGCCUAUGAUUCCUCAAAGACGUACUUGGGCUCAACAACCUCUUCCUGUUAAUCUUGAAUCGUUUGGCGGUGGUGGGGGUCAAGCGAAUGAAAUGCGAACUUGGGGUAAACCACAAAAUCCGGCUUCGUUUAUUUUACAUGAACAAACGGAAAGAUACCAAGAUAAGUAUCAAGAAAAAUACCAAGAAAAGGAACGUUACCAAGAAUUCGGAGGAUUGCAAAGAUACCAAAACGGCUCGGGAAGUGAUCAUAACCUUAACAGUCAUCAUCAAGGUUUCUCUUUAAGUCAACAACACCAACAGAGCCAACUUUACGGAACUCCAUCUGCUUCGCCACAACAUAAAAACAUUCAUCGACAAAUUUCGCAAUUAAUGGAACCGGUUCGCAAAAGUAGUGUUACUCACGCUCCGAUUCCAGCGCCACCUGUUGAUGAUAUGGCGCCCCAAAAUAUAUCGUUUAUUGGAAAUCCAGAUGAAGAAAUCAGUGAGGGUAUUAGCCGUUUGAAUAUCACUUCUGGCAGUAGAACUUAUAGGAUUCCCUCGCCGACGAGACCGUUAAUUUCGAAAAAUUCGUUUCAACCGUCCCCAUCACCACCAGUUGUCGAAAAAUCAACCCCAUCAAAAACCGAAGUUAGUAGUUUGAAUAACGACCCGGUAAAUCAGAAAGGAUUUUACAUUAGUUUUGACAAUGAACAACCGAAACGUCCGAAACCGCCGCUUAGAACUAAGAGAAUGUCGCCGAAAAAAGAAAGGAGUUAUAUCGAGGAUGAUCAAAAUUAUGAAACCCCUCCGCCACUGGAAAAAUCUGAAAGAACGAAACAAUUAGAAAGGGAAUUAGAACAAGAACGUUUAAAGACAAAAUUGGAGGAAGAAUUUAGGGCGAAAGAACAUAGCGCCAGAUAUCGAAUGGAAGAAAAUAUUGUUAGGAAAACAAGAGAAACUAGUCAAGAACGUGCUGAAAAGGCAGAAGCGAUUAUAAUAGGAAAUGAAUUGAGUAAUCCGGAUCCAGAAUUAAUGGAUGAGAAAGAACGAAAAAAAGAACGAAUAAUGUUGCUAUCUUUACAACGACGUCAACAACAAGAGGAAGUAAAACAAAUCAAGGAACAAGAAGCGCAAGCGAGAAGGGAAAAGGAAAAAAUGAAGGAGGAAGAAAAAGCCAGGAAAAAAGAGGAACAAGCCCAAAGAAGAGCUGCCAUAUUUGAACAGUAUAAAAUUAAAAAAGCAAUUGAAGAAGCCGAAAGAGAAGGUAAAGAUGUUGAUAAGGGCUUGUUACAUUCACUGAAGCCAACACCCAAGGUAAGGGCGAAGGGGGCGGUGAGGCCUCGACCGAAAACUAUUCAUAUCGAUAGUGGAUCUGUUGAGAUGGCUGAAGGGAUGUUGCAACCAAGUAGAGCCAAAAGGGGAUCUAAUACCAACCUAACAGCUGUUAAUUAUAACCCAGCUACAAUGAAACGCGAUUAUUACAAAGGUUCCCAAGAUAGUUUAGCCAACACCACUUUACUUUAUAGCACUAAUAGAGGUUUGUUUUUGUUUUAUAUGAACCCUUAUCGAAAUCAAUGUUUAGUAUGUAUUCCAUAUGUAUUUUUUUAUUUAUUAGUGGAGAUUUUAAUAAUAAAAUUAUAAUUUAAUUCAG